AUGUCUGCAAAAUUCCUGGAGCGACAUCGACUGGAGAUAGUCGAGCUUUAUAUGUGGUCUGGGCUGUCUGGCAAGCCACUCAAAGAGAUGAUGGUUGAGAUUGAAAACAAAUGUGAAUUGGAAUGCAAAUGUGGACCCGCGCCGAGGUGUCAAAAGAAAUACAAAGACUAUUUUAAGUUGUGCGGCGUCUUCAAGAAUAAUGAAAAAGUUGAGAUCGAUGAGGUUCAAUCCAGAUUGGCGGAGCGAAUAUUGCCGGAUGGUGACUACCUGAUACUGGCCGACGGCAUGGUUCUUGAUCCUCUACAGAUUCAAAACUACCGAGGGAAAGCAAAAAAGAAGAAUGACGACGCCUGCCCGGGUUCAAAUCUACCUCCUCGAAGAUCGAUCGAAGUGAUUGAAGUCCCUUGCCCGAUCCCUGCGUUGAAAGAUCCCCACAAGUUCAGAGUCUUCCAGCGCUUCCUCUGGCUCGCAACUCAGCAUUUCAACAGCUGUUUCGAUCACAACAUAUGGAAAAAGGACGGUGGUGACCCCUCUACGGGAGGUGACCUUCGAGCCGAUCUGAAAAAGCUCAGCAAUCUACAUAAUAUGCUGGUCGACGCAUGUCAGCAUCCCGAACGUAGGGGGGUGCUGGAGCCAAAAGCUUUCAACACCUUGCAAGUCGUUGCUAACACGAAUCACCAUCGCCAAAUGCCUGACAUUCUCGCAGUGCUUCUCCUCUUGGAGAGAAGUGGUAGAUCUGAUCUAAAGGCUUCGCUGGUGCAGAGGUUGUCUAACCUGGCUGAGUCUAUGGAACUCAAUGAUCCACGCCGAAGGAUGUUGGACACUUUGAACAGCCUGCCAAUUGACAAGGAUGGUCAUCUGCCUUUGGCCUUUGAUUCAUGUUGUCGAGAUCUGUGGCGGCGCAGGUUCAGAGGGGACGAUCUCAUGGCUUGCUAUACGUACUACCAAGCUCCUUUCCCCGAAGCACUCCGACCACCUUCUAUUAUCUGUUCGAAGAAGAGUCAAGGGGAGACAUCGAUAGCAUCCUGCACCAAGUCGACCAGAGGUUCCCCUUGA